AUGAAAAAAAAAAAAAAAAACAAAAAAAAGUGCACGUCCAAAAAUUUUUGUUGGUUUUCGUUUCCUCGAUCACAGACCAUGUUAGUAUUUAGACGUCCAUUAUACCAGGUUUUUAGAAGAGGGUUUGCUCACUCGAGAAUAAUUCGCAAUGAAACAAGGGUUCCCAAGUUUUCUCCAGUUGAAUUGGAAGCUGCACGUUUGGCACGAGAAGCAGGGUUGGGCUGGUUGAGACGGUUCCCCCGAAAAGUCAUUCCGUAUUUAGAAUUAAUGCGUUUGGAAAAGCCAGUGGGUACAUGGUUGUUGUUGCUUCCUUGUUACUGGGGGAUAACCAUGGCAUCGUACUCUAUAGCGGCACCAUUGUGGGUGACUGCCAAGACAAUUGGGUUGUUUUCUGUUGGUGCGUUAGUGAUGAGAGGUGCUGGGUGUACCAUCAACGAUAUUUGGGAUAGAAAUUUAGAUAAUCAAGUUGCCCGUACUAUGGAGAGACCAAUUACCAGUGGAAGAGUUUCGGUGCCACAAGCAGUUGCCUGGUUGGGUGUGCAAUGUUUUGCAGGGUUGGCAGUGCUUUUGAGCUUGCCAUUUGAGUGUUUUUAUCUAGGAGCAUUGUCGUUACCGUUUGUUGCAGCCUACCCGUUGUUUAAACGAUUUACAUAUUACCCGCAGGCGAUGUUGUCAAUUUGUUUUAGCUGGGGGUGUCUCUUGGGGUUUCCUGCUGUUGGGGCGCCAUUGAAUUUAUGGGUGGCAGUGCCAUUGUUUAUUUCCAACUGGAUAUGGUGCUUGACGUACGAUACGAUUUAUGCACAUCAAGAUAAAAAGUUUGAUAUUAAGGCCGGUAUCAAGUCUACUGCGUUGGCAUGGGGAGAUAAGACUAAGCCUAUUUUGAAAGGGUUGACAGUCUCGCAAGCCGGGCUUUAUGCGUUUUCUGGUUUUAUGAACUCUAUGGGUCCCGGGUUUUACGUUGCUGGUGCAUACGCAAUUGGAAGGUUGUACAAACAGAUUAUUAAGGUUGACUUGGACGACCCAAAGAGUUGUUGGGGUGCAUUUACGUCGAAUAUUCGUACUGGGUUUAUCUUUUGGUAUGGAAUUGUGUUUGACUAUAUAUUGUUGCUACUUGGAUACAUCUAA